AUGAGUAAACCAGUUAAUGUAUACUCAAUCUCUGAAGUAUCUCAAACCCUGAAUGAGAAUUUACCUGAUGUUUUAGGACGUUUAGGUUACACUGAAACAUUUGAAUUAGUGGACCAAAAAUUAUUAAUAGGUUAUUCUGUGGCCGGUGUUGCAGCUAUCAGUUUUAUUAUCGAUAAACAGUUUGUACAUAAAGAUAUCGUGAAAUAUCAACAAUAUUUAGUUGGAUUCUAUUGUGGUUUAUCCGUAAUAUUUUGGCUUUUCAAGAAAUACGUUGAAAAAUCUGUAGUAUACAGUGGUAAGAAUGAUACAGAGACAAUUAAAGUUAAAACCUCAUAUGAAGAUGCUAAACCAUUGUAUACUGUUACUUUGAUCAGCAACAAUAAAAAGACUUUUGUUAGUACAUUGGAGAUUAACAAAGUUUUCAAUAAAGAAGGUUAUUUACAAUCUGAAUUGUUUAUGGAAUGGGUUAAACAACAAUUAGCUACUUUAUCUAAUAAAAGACAAUAG